UUAAAAUUCAUUUUAAAAAUAAAAAUGCUUUACGAAAAACAACAAAGGAAAAUUAAUUCCGAUGAGUAUAGCAGUAUUAGCAGUAAUGAAAUUUUACAAGAAAAUGAAGAGCUGCUUAAUCCAUGGGCUUUAAUUGGGCGAGAAAAUGAUGAGAAAGAGGAGCAUAUGCCUGUGUGGAGAAAAUAUGCGCGGAUCGUUCUUCCACACAUUGGACUUAUUUUGCUAUCUUUAUUUUAUGUCGUUGGAGGGGCUUUUAUUUUUUAUCAUUUGGAGAGUCCAAACGAGAUGGAUAUUAGGCGAGAUACAAUGGAAUUAAUAGAAAAAGAAAGGAAUGAUAUGUUGGAAUAUCUUUGGAUAAAAAUAAAUGAUGAAAAUUAUUCUGAGGAAGAGUUGGAACAAAUCGCGUUGGAAAGGGUUGAUAACAUUAGUCGUAUUCUGUUUGAAGCAUUUGAUACACACUAUGUUGGACUGUCUCUGUUACAAAGUGAAAAUGUCAAUGUAACACAGGGGACAUGGAGUAUGACAACUGCAAUUUUCUUCACAUCGACCCUUCUAACAACUAUCGGCUAUGGUAAUUUAGUGCCUGUAACCAGCCUUGGUCGGAUGUUCUGUAUAUUUUAUGCACUCUUUGGUGUUCCAUUAAUUUUAAUUACAGUGACUGACAUUGGAAAAUUCCUCUCUGAACAAAUAGUUUGGCUAUAUACUCGUUAUGCGAGGGCAAAACAUCGGUUUAGAGACCGUUUAUUACAACAGCAACAACAGCCUUUAUCUUCUGGGGCAGCAGAACUUGCCUCAGCUUCCUCUCCGCAGAGAAGUAUGCUGCGAGCACAACUACACGAACUUGGAUUAGAUAACGUCCAUAUCCCGAUAACCUUAAUUGCUGCAAUUCUGAUAGGUUAUAUGAGCAUAGGAGCCCUUCUCUUGGCAAGCUGGGAAAACUGGGCAUUAUUUGAUGGUUUUUAUUACUCUUUUAUAACAAUGACAACAGUUGGAUUUGGCGAUUUGGUUCCUACAAAACGAGAAUUUUAUAUUAUUGACCUUUUCUACAUCGUGGUUGGACUUGCUAUAACUACAAUGUGCAUAGACCUAGUUGGCAUUGAAUACAUCGAAAAGAUUCACUACUUUGGUCGUGCAAUUUCUGGCGCUCGUUUUGCUUUAGUCAACGUCGGAGGAAAAAUGGUUAGGGUACCAGACUUGAUGAGAUGUGCCCACGUAUUACAGCAAAAAUAUGGACAAAGAAAGACCUCUGGAAAAAAUAAAAAUGAUUCGACAACAACUGCAUUACUUCACCAAUUUAUUGUUUGGCGGGGAGCCUAUGCACCAAGAGAUCUAGGCUAUAUUCGAUUUAUUGACAUUGGCUCACUUGCCAGCUUUGAAUCUUUGUCAAGUUUGAUCUCAAGUAUUUUUACCGGGAAAAAAUCAAGAGAACCGAGUGUUGUUGUACCAACAUAUGUUUGA